AUGACAAAGAACAAAAUUAAGUUUGCCGAGCGAAAGAAUCUUCGCCACACAGGUGGUGGUACACAUCCAACUACGAACCCUGAAAAUGCAGAUGACAUUUCUUCAUGGCUCCCUAACGAAUUGGUCAUUGACACCAUUGAAUUUAAUUCUGAUGAAAUAAAUCAGGACACAAAGAGUACAGUAAAGGAUGUCACAGUAGAAAUACUUGAGGAGAUCCAAACUACACGAGAGGUUGUAUCUAUUGGUUUAGCACCAAAACCUCUCUAUACACCAUCUAAAAAACCUGAAAGAAAGAAUAAAACUGAGAAAGAGACCUCAGAUCAUGCAGAAAGUAUAUCCAAUACUGAAAUCGAGUGCAGGAAAGAGGUCCAUCAAGCCCAAAUGGCAAAUGAAGAAAGGAAAGCCCGAAACUUGGACCUCGAUGAGACAUUAAUUAAAUUAAAAAUUGAAUAUUAUAAAAAAACUUCUAGUUCUUGA